AUGAACUAUAACAAUUGUUGGGAGAAUUAUAAAGUGCUUGGUAUAGAUUUGAUGGAUUGUGAACCUGUGAUCAUUUCUCGAGAGGAGUAUUUUCUGUUUCACAACAUAGACAGAGAGCUUUAUAAGAUCCUAGUGAUAGACCUCUCAAGAGAACCAGAUGAGUCAUUGAGAAUUGUAGCCUUGUUGCUCUGGCUGGAGCGGAUUAGAUAUGGUAAUGUGGUAAAGAGUAUAUUGUCUUUACCGAAAAUUUUGAUAACUGCGGUUGCUGAUGAAGCACUUUUAUGCUACAAUUGCGUUAUGGAUAGUAACCCAACAGCUCCUUGGUUCAUAGACAAUGUUGACCUCCGUGUUCUGCGUACAAUUGUGAACAAGCCAAUCUCGCUCCCAAUCUUGAUUGGAAACAGGGAUUUGGCAAUUCAUGGGAUAGCAAAAACGUAUGACGUGUGUCUCAGAGCAUUGAGUGACAUCAUGAAGCAAGCUCAAAUCAGGAAUUUAGCAGCAUGCAUAAUACGUGGUAUGCCCUAA